AUGUAUCACCUUCAAAAGAGAGUAGUUUUUCUUGUUAGGGGCAUGCGGAACUCGUCUGUUGUUGUCCCCUCUUCUGCUCAGCUUGAUGAGCUAACAAAGAAGAAUGCUGAUAUGAUCGACAAGCUCUCGAACGAGCAAAUUCGUCAUGAUGCCAGGAUGUCCGAGAUGAAUGAGAGUCGGUCUGAGCUGAAAAGUUCCCUUGGCCAAAGAGAUGGUGAGAUCAAGUCCAUUGUUGCUACCCUGCUCAAACGCAAGGAAGCCUACUUUCUCCUUGAACACAAGUAUGUCAUUUUGGCCCAAAGCCAUGACAAGCUAUUGGCCAAGUUCGACUUCCUCGUCGAAGCCGUUGAGGCGUCCAAGCAUGAGGUUACUGCCAAUGCAUACAAGCUGGGAUACUUGGACUGCAUGAAACGCACCUUUCCUUAUUGCCUCAUCGUAGAUGAAGAUGCCAAGUAG